AUGGCCUCUUUGAUAACCGAGGCCUCGGUCCUCGCUGCCUUUGAUGAAAAGGUGCGAGAUGGGACCGUGAUGUACGCGGAGGACAUGGAGAAGAUCUAUCAUGAUGAUGGGGGGUUCAAGUUUGAAUUUCGAUUGACAGCCGCGUUGAAGAGUAAACCUGCCGCGGUGGAGGAUAACGCAGAGCUGGAUGAAGCCCAAGGCAACGGCAAAGCUCGUCCCGACGAAAAGGGGAACUCUUCUCAACCGACCACAGCCAAGCACCACCACCAUCACGACCAGGCCGACGGCAGCGAGCACAAGAACGAGAUCGUGCUCGACAAAGAGGGGAACCUCCCGGGAGGCGACAUUAGUAUCGCCGGCUUCGAGCUCACGACCGUCGGCGGAGGCGGGGGCGAGGGCGAAGCUACGCACGUGUUGGCCUUUAACAAGUUUUGCGCAUACCGACCGCACCUGCUUCUCUUGACGGCCAACGGGAGGCGGAGGCAGUUUGAGGGACUGGAUGAGCGGGAUCUCGGGGCCGCGGUGGAGGUUUUGGGGGUGUUGAAUGGGCGGUGGGGUGGGGAGGUGACGGAUGGUAAAGGUGAUGAGGGACAAGAGUAUCUUGUGAUUUUCAACUGUGGCAAGGAGGGCGGGUGUAGUCGGCUUCAUAAGCAUAUGCAGGUCAUACCCGCGCCGGAUGCGAUUCCCAUGUGGCCUGACCUGGUUAGCGGUUGCGGGACCGGGACCGGGACCGAAGCGAAAUCGAACGGAGGUGGGAAGCAGCAGCAGGAGCCGCCGUUCCGGUUCUUCGUCCAUUAUUUCCCUCCCGACCUCCCGAACGGCAACGCCGGCACAGCACCCCCGCCCUCGGUGAGCGAUCUCGCGGCCAAGUACAGACAUAUGCUCCGCCAGGCGACGGACCUGAUCCCCGGCCGCGAGGCAGUGGUGGAGGAGGACGGGGACGGGAGGGCCGUGGCGGUGCCGCAUAAUGUUAUUCUUGGGAGGCGGUGGAUGGUUGUGAUUCCGAGGACGAAGGCGGGGGUGGAGGGCGCUGAUGUGAAUGCCGUGGGGAUGCUGGGCGUCGUUUGGGCUUCGCGGCAGGAGACGGUUGGGAAGUGGAGGGAGUUGGGGGCUAGAUGGGUGCUCGGGGAGGCUGGUGUGAGGAGGUGA